AUGGCACCCACGCUUAGACAAGAAUCUCAAAAUGCCCACAAGACCGUCAAAGUGAGCAAUGAACGUUUCGAGAUCUUUCAGAAAUGGUUAGAAUCGUCAAACUCCGAGUCUGAAGAGAGAAAAGCAGCAGAGGCAGCGGCAGCACGAUCAAUCGACGGCCUGGCGCCGACAGGCAACAAGGAAGACGCCGACAACUUCAUAUGGCAGACCUGGGGCGAUGUUUUCCAGAUCGCGCAGCAGAUCCCCCAUGCCAGCCCCGCUCAGGACAGUCUCGCCCAGAUUCUUGUACAACUCACACAGCUGCCCGACACGGACAGGAAAAUCGACUGGACGGAUCUGCCGCAGCUUGGGUGGGUUCUCCGAGACUGGUUCAACUUUACGCCGUCUGAGAAGCACGCCAAUGGUGCCGACGAGAUAUUGAGCGCCUGGGUAAAUGUGAAUGCUUUCUGGGCGCGGCUGGGCGGUCUCGAGUGUCUGAACACGGUCGAUAUCACAAUCUGGACUCUGCGGCGGACCUUGGAGGAGGAUCACGAUGACGACGCCACAAAUUUUCCCAAUGUCUUUGACUGCCAUGUACUCACGGCUGCCCAAUAUGUUGAGCAAUCGGGGCCCAAGCUGAAAAAACUCAUUCAAGAUGGAUGGAAACCACAGGACAAUGAGGCACAAAUGUUCCAGGGUGGCCCCCUCUUUGACGGGCCUACGGGCCUAACCAAGGAGCGAUGGCAGUUCUGGGCAUCGCGAUUCAGGCAUACGGCGGAGAAGGCUUCAGGCAACGAUGCCAAGUCAGCUGCUACACGCGCAGCAGAGUUUUUAGAACAGUGA